AUGGACGCCCUCCGCUCCGUCAUCCAACCCAUAACCCACAACCUCCCCCAACCCAUCGCCAACCUAGGCACCUCACUCCUCGGCCCCAAAUGCUACCAAACCCUCAUCUACAACGUCGACCUGAGCGCGACCUCGUGCGUCAAACUCGCCAUCUCCAAGGGCCUCGGCAUCGGCAUCAUCGGCGCCUCCAGCAUCGUCAAGAUCCCCCAACUGCUCAAACUACUCAACAGCCAAUCCGCAGAGGGCAUGAGCUUCCUCUCCUACCUCCUCGAAUCAAGCGCCUACCUCAUCAGCCUAAGCUACAAUGUCCGCCACGGAUUCCCCUUUAGCACCUAUGGCGAGACGGCGUUGAUUCUCGUGCAGAAUAUCGCUAUUGCCACGCUCGUGCUCAAGUAUAGUGGGAAUGGGCUGGGAAUUGCGGGGUGGAUUGGUGGGUUGGCGGCUGGGGGGUUUGCGCUGUUUAGUGAGGGUUGGGUGGAUGAUGAGAGGUUGAAUUUGUUGCAGGCGACGGCGGGGAUUUUGGGGGUUGCGUCCAAGGUGCCGCAGAUUAUGACGAUUUUUAUGGAAGGGGGGACGGGGCAGUUGAGUGCGUUUGCGGUCGUAAACUACCUCCUCGGCUCCCUCUCCCGCAUCUUCACCACCCUCCAAGAAGUCGACGACCCCCUCAUCCUCUACGGCUUCGUCGCCGGCUUCGCCCUCAAUCUCGUCCUCUUCCUACAAAUGAUGUACUACUGGAACGCGCCCUCGUCCUCCAAGGCCACGCCCUCCAAGUCGGACAAGAAGCUCGAGAAGCCGGUGGCAGCAAAUCAGCAGGAUAUGGCGCGUGCCGUGUCGAGUGGGACUGCGCCUUCGUAUGCUAGUGUGGCGGAGAAGAAGAGUCCGAGUACUCGGCGCAGGGGAUGA